AUAUACGUCUGUGUGAGGUUGUGGUGGUGGGAAACGCUUAUUUAUUAGUUUAUUUUAAAUUCAAUGAAUGGGAAAUGAUUUAAGAGAUAAUAUAAAACAAUUAUUUUUCUAAGAAUUAAUACCAUUUUAUUAUUUUCAAAUAGACCUAUGGUAAAUUUAAUAACUUCAAACUUUGUUUUUCUUUUUUUUACAAAUUAUCUAUUUUUUUCCGUGUUAGCGAAGUAAAUUAUUACAAAUUAGCAUAAAAAUAAUGAAUAAAUCACGUGGUCCGAUCCCAUCAUCCAGCCUGUAAAAAAUAGAGAAUUACAAAAAAGCAUCGGAAAGACAUUAGCGGGGAAUUAGAUGUUCCGAAUGUUUGGCUUGCAUUGGCAAACGCAGCUUCACGUGCACCCGUAAAAGCACUUUGGCAGCUGUGUAGGAAAAAGUGCUUUGCAACAUUGUCUGUUACAAACAAACAACCCAACAGUAUUAGAUUCAUAUUUUCUUAAUUAUUUUUUUUUAAUGUGAAUUUAGAGACAUAUAAUAAAAACUUAUAUUAUAAUCAUUUUAUAUAAAAAAUAAAAAACUAUCAUACAAAUUUUUUAACACUAUUAAGAAAACUGUUUAUUAAUUAUCAACUACUGCGCCGAUAAAUGUAGUGUCGGUUUGCACCUUUAACAUUUCGUCUUAUUCCGAAUGAGUCCAUCUCCUUUUGUCCCAUUUUUUUGGUUUUCGAGAAAAAUAGAGCAACUUGAACUGGAAAGUGAAGUCAGCGACAAUUUAUAGCAGUAACUGACAUUUCAUUUAAUGGGCGAGAUUUUCUGGAGAAGAUGAGGGGAAAGAGCAUCAUGUUCGUUGGAGAUUCACUUAGCAGGAACCAAUGGCAGUCCUUGACUUGCAUGCUUCAUUCAGCCGUGCCCAAUUCCAACUAUACUUUGGUUAGAGUUGGAGAUGUUUCUAUAUUUACAUUUACGGAGUAUGAAGUUAAAGUGAUGCUAGAUAGGAACGUUUAUCUAGUUGAUGUUGUCCGUGAGGAUAUCGGAAGGGUGUUGAAGCUUGAUUCAAUAGAAGGAAGCAAGUUGUGGAAAGGGAUUGAUAUGCUUAUCUUCAACACAUGGCACUGGUGGUACCGUAGAGGACCCACUCAACCAUGGGAUUAUGUCCAAGUGGGCAAUCAAAUUUUGAAAGACAUAGAUCGGAUGAAGGCUUUUGAAGAAGCACUUAAGACGUGGGCUGCAUGGGUUGAUGCCAACGUAGACCCUGCAAAAGUGAAGGUCGUCUUUCAGGGGAUUUCUCCUUCUCACUACAAUGGCAGCCUAUGGAAUGAACCAAGUGCAAGGAGUUGUAUUCGGCAGAAGACACCGGUGGCCGGAUCAACAUAUCCCGGAGGAUUGCCACCGGCUGUGGCGGUGUUAAAGAGUGUGUUGAGCACAAUUAAGAAACCAGUUACCCUACUUGACAUCACAACCCUUUCAUUGCUUCGAAAAGAUGGACAUCCUUCCAUAUAUGGUCUUAAUGGACCAACGGGAAUGGAUUGUAGCCAUUGGUGUCUUCCUGGUGUUCCAGAUACUUGGAACGAAAUACUUUACAACCUUAUUUGAUGGGAAAUUUUUUAUUCAUGAUUGAA